ACAAAUUAAACAUAUAAAAGAGAGAGAGAAAGAGGGGACAUAUAUCAAUUGAUUAAUUAAUUAAAGUAGAUCUAGGAAAAUGGAAGUGUUGAAGAAGAGUGUAAUGUUUCUUGCACUAGUUUUGUUGUUGGCAUUAAUGUUGAACAAUGGAGCUGGAGCACUGGCAAAGAACCAUGAUGUUGGAGGAGACCAAGGCUGGGAUGUUUCUACUGAUUUUGGUUCAUGGGCUUCCUCCACAACCUUCAGGGUUGGAGACCAACUUGUGUUUACCUACACUCCUGGUUUACAUACGGUGGUGGAGCUCGCCGGAGAGAAAGAGUAUAACAAGUGUGACUUAAGUGGUGCUCUAAAAUCCAUGAGUGAUGGCAAGAGCACAGUGAAACUAAGCAAAGCAGGCUAUAGAUAUUUUGCUUGUGGAACCAUGGGUCAUUGCCAAGAAGGAAUGAAACUCAAGAUUAAGACUUUGGCAGCCAAUGAAGUUAGUGAUUCUAAUACUUCAUCAUCUUCUCCGUCCUCCACUGCUGUUACCUUCAACCACCCACCUCAUUUUAUUUCUUAUGUUAUUUUCUUCAUGAUAUUUGUUGUUCUUCUUGUGCUUUAAUUCAUUCAUUCAUGAUAUUUUGUUGUUGAAAAUCAGGAACUAUAUAUAUAUAUAUGGAAUUUGUAUGACUGUAAA